AGUGAUGUUUUGGGGCUGUUGCUGGGCAACACGGACUUUCAACUCCCUCCAAAGAUUUUCUUGUGGGCAUCAACAAGUGACAGUUUCACUAACCAAGAAAGGGAGAGAGAAAAAGAGACAUGGGGGGUGGAGGGAGAGAAUGCGGUCAGAGAGAGAGAGAGAGAUCCACAAACUCAAGAACAUAAAAGCAACACAGAAUAUUAUAAUGUCACCAUGGUUACGAGAGCCUGCCCGCGCCUCAAACAUAGUUCCCUAUUUGUCACUCUGUGUCACUCUGCUCUAAAACCCUGGGGGAACACGGUCUCUGCUGAACUCUGAGAGGACAAUUGUCUCGCGCCAAGGACGAACUAUCCCGCUUUUACUCUGACACUUUGGAAGUAUGCCAUAAUACCGCUGGUUUUGAUAUAGCUAGCUUCCCUCUCCACUGGCCCCAAGAUGGAGGGGAUGAGGACCUUCAACCAGCCUCCAACCUCCAGCCAUCCAGCCCCCACCAUUAACGACUCAGACACCUGCAUUACCCUGUACAACCACCGGGGGUACGCACGAGUCCUCAUGCCUCUCUUCUACUGCAUCGUCUUCUCCGUGGGGUUGCUGGGCAACGCCCUGGCCUUCCACAUCAUCCGCCCCAACGUGAGGAAGAUGAACUCCACCACACUCUACUCUGCCAACCUGGUCAUUUCUGACAUCCUGUUCACACUGUCACUACCGUUACGGAUAAUCUACUACGCACUGGGCUUCCACUGGCCCCUGGGGGAGACCCUGUGUAAGAUCACAGGGCUGAUCUUCUACAUCAACACUUACGCCGGGGUCAACUUCAUGACCUGCCUCAGUGUGGACCGGUUCAUUGCUGUUGUCUUGCCGCUCCGAUUCGCACGCUUCCGUAAGGUCUCCAAUGUCCGGUACAUUUGUGUCGGGGUGUGGUUGCUGGUCUUAAUGCAAACUCUGCCCCUCCUCGCCAUGCCCAUGACUAACGAGGAACCUGAUGGCUUCAUCACCUGUAUGGAGUAUCCCAACUUCGAACCGGUGCCCAACAUCUCCUAUAUCCUGAUUGGCGCCGUAUUCCUAGGCUACGGAGUCCCCGUGGUGGCCAUCCUGGUGAGCUACUCCAUAUUGUGUUAUAAACUCCGCCUCGCCGCCAAGGCCAAUCAGCUGACGGACAAGUCGGGGCGCAGCCAAAAAGCCAUCGGGGUGAUCUGCUGCGUCUCCCUGGUGUUCGUGGUCUGUUUCAGCCCCUAUCACAUCAACCUCCUCCAAUACAUGAUCCGAAAGCUGAUCUACACACCAGACUGUGCUGAACUCACAGCCUUCCAGAUCUCCUUACACUUCACUGUGUGUCUGAUGAACCUCAACUCCUGUCUGGAUCCAUUCAUCUACUUCUUUGCCUGUAAGGGUUACAAGACGAAGUUGCUGAAAAUCCUGAAGAGGCAGGUGAGCGUGUCCUUCUCUAGCGCAGCACGGACAUUGCCCGAGGGGUCGUCCAGAGACUUCAGCAAUGGUAAUAAGAUCCACCUCAACAGCACCAGACACAAACAGUGAGAGAAUGGUGAAAGGUGAGCCGACGACCAACCAACAGACUGGUGAGCCAAAGACAAACCAACAGAUUGGAGAGCCGACAACCAUCAAUCAGACCGGUGAGCCAACGAUUAGCCAACAGACCGGUGAGCCAAUGACCAGUCAACAACCAGUGAGAAUGAUGAGCCAAUGACCAACAGUUCAGCAGCCAACAAUCAGUUACAGCAGUGAGCAAGAAACCAGCAAAUUGCCAGAGGAUCUCUGAGGAGAACUAUAACUGUAUAACUGAUUACAAGUUUAAAGAGGCAUCUCACACCCUCUGGAAAUAGAGCCACUGAUCUAGGACAGCCCAGGCAGCAGACUGUUUCUGGAUCCAACAAAGUGUUUGCCUAUACAGUGACAAGUUGAUCAAAAGCGGAAACACAUAAACACAUAAGAACAUUAUUAAACAGCAUGGACAGCUGAAUAUUACUUAAUGGUUUCAGAGACUCUGACCAAAGAAUAGAAAGCUUUGGGACGUUACAAUGCUGAGGAAUGAAGAUUAUAAACCAUGUGGAUUAUACUUUUUGUAUAUACACUUAAUGAAUUAUUCUUCAACAUAACCUUGGGAUUAUUGUUAAAUGUAAAAUAUUUCAACACCAUGUACUAAAUGUAACCACGUCCUUCAAUUAAUUGAAUCAGGAUCAAUUACAUUUUUUACCAAGAUGUUCAAAUGAAUAAGUAYGAAUAAGUUUUAAUUAGUUUGAAUUAGUUUGUUGACAAUGAAGGUUUCCCUCUGUUCUUGAUUAAUGUGAUUGUUGUAUGUGGCUAUCAAACCAUGUCAUUUUAAAUAAAUAAGAAAUAGAAAUAAAUGA